AUGGAGUCGUUGGAGCGUAAGCGCGUUGCCAAGCAGCUCAUCAAGCAAAUGGGGCUGCUGCCAAUCUUGAGCAUGCUGCGAGUCCAUGGGGAUACCCAUGUGGCAAGUUUGGCCAAGGUGCGCCAAGCAUGCUGCCGGCAGAUAUGCUCGGCCUUGGGCGUGCCUCCACCAAAGCAAGAUCUGGCUGCUUCCCUUGCAAUUCGCAUUGACGACGACGAGAGCGCAGCGGAGUGCUUGGCACGACAAAUUGAUGACGCAAUAUUUGACGCGGUGGGGCACCGACGCACUGGUCUGCGCUAUCGUGCCGCUGCUACGCGCCUGGCGUCCGAAUUGCGCCGGCGGGCCCAGCUGUGUGAGAAG